GUGCUCUCGUUCUGAAGGCGGGGUCAGCGUGCGGCGCCGUCAAAAGAAUAGAGAGGAGCUGCUUCUCCCCCAAGCCAAAAAUGUCACAUAUUUUCCCGUAGCUCUGCAUGUAUUUAUCGUGGAAACGGGUUGUUCAACUUUUCGGAGUGUGUUAUUUCGUACGAUGUGCAUGUAGUCGUCCAGUUCUCCAACGCAAAACAGUGUCCCUAUUCCGCGAAGCUCGUUUUCGGCUGUUUGUCCUUUCGUCUUCCGUGCUCUCGGGAGCAAAUAGUUCACAGUAGCUUUUGUGUUUUUUCUUCCCGACAAUUUCGGAAGCUAGACUGGUGAUCACGUUCCUACUGGACAUCUGGAAGACGCCAGGACCAAGUAGUCCACCGUUUGUCGCGGAGCUAUCCAGACUGUUGGCCGCCACCAACUCGUUCUGCGUUCUCCUGUUCUCUCUUUUGUCUCUGGAUUACCUUUCGUUUCCUCUUUUUAUUUCUUACCCCAACUUUCUUCUCUGUUCGUGCCGUAUCCCUCCUUGUCUGCUUCCGCAUUCGCUCCACAGCGCCAAUCCGCCGCCCUACCAGUGCCGGCAGUACCGUCAAUUCGAGGCUGCCCGCUUCCUGUCGACAAACCGGUCGAGUGCCCGCACUGUGGCGUUUUCACACAGGGUUUGCUGCGUUGUUUCUCUCCAGAAAAAAGCUCCAUUCGCGCCGUGGAAGAAACGAAGAGGUACUCGAGUCGAAUUCUAGGCGCAAACAUGGCACCUAAGAUGCCCGAGUGGGCAGCCGCGGCGGUGGACAAAGUCGUCCAGGCGCUCAUGCACUAUGCCGAUCAAGUACAACAAGGCGAUCCAAUCUACGUAACCCUCGCGUUGUUUGUCGCCUUCUUCGCAGUGGUCGGAGUGUCUUACCUGCAGUACCGCAAACCCCCUGCAGCCAUCAACAAGCGCGCGGGAGGGAAGAGCCGCCCUCGCAAGAAGAAGCCGGCGUCAGGGUCAAACGGCCCUCUCUGUGCGUCGAGCGAAGAGACAGCAUCUGCUGGCGAUGGAGAUUCGCAGCAGCCAGGCAAGGCGAAACGCCGAGGAAACAAAGGCAGUGCAGCAGUGGAGUCUGCUCCUGGAGUUGAAGCGCAGGAGUCGGGCGACCAGGCGAACGAGCCGGUGGACAGAGACGGAGAAGGGGAGUGGCAAGUUGUCACGAACAAGAAAAAGAGAAAGCAGAAGUGAACGGAGACUCGCGGAGAAUUAAGAAGGAGGAGAGUACUUUCUAGAGUCCAACAGGGCGAAACGCAACAUUUGACGAGGAACAGCGGUCGCGAGCGAGCAACGAAAAGGCGGAGUUUGGCGGUCUGUCCGGAACACAUGCCGCGAGUCAGGCGAAUCCAACGAAAAAGAGAAAAGAGUCACAGCCGUUCCAGUGGAUGGUAAAGUGCGUGCAUGCACCUGCGUGGACCGAGGUCACCGGGUACACAGAUGGUUAGAAGAAACUGGCGUCUCGCGGACUGGGAGAGCGACGGGUUGAGGCGGAGGAAGGACGAUUCGUUUCUUUUUCCGAUGUGAGGAAAACGUCUCUUCGGCCCUCAGUGCGGAAAGGUUUUUCCAGUUGCGUUUUCUCCAAAAGCUGUUAAAACGCAAAGCGCGCGUGCUUCAAAAACUCCGUAGAGGAGAGACGGUGGAACACGAGAUAGAAGGGGCAUCUGUCCCAGUGACUCGUGGAGAUCCAAAACUCAUACAAUUCAACUGCCAAACGAUUCUUUUGAACAUGGCGCGUGUCCGUGCGAGUCUGCUUAUCUGUGCGGAUGUGAGGUUCUGUGCACUGAAACCGCGUAUAGUUUUCUUCGUCAGCAUGUUCGUGGACAGAUCCAUAUCCCCAGACGAGUGAGGGCGUGUUUACAUUUCUACUUUGUGGAUGUGUGAUUUCGCCUGGGUUGCAUGCGAUCCGAGUGCGUUUUGUCUGGACGGACUGAGGCAGUCACUUUUGUUGCGUCGCCUCCCUAGUGCAUCGCCAAAGAGAGCACCCGUACGGCACAUCAGAUGCCGAACCUGUUUUCUGUCGUCGACUUGUGUGUACUGAGAUGUUAGAAGUGUAUUUGCACAUAGGAGUUAACCUCUCUGGAGUUUUCAGCGCCUGCCGCGCAAGUGGAGAUCAUCCGUUUGAGCGCCAUGCGUGACUGACUUCAACCAGACGCGGGAAAUGGUGGCCAAAGAAAUAUUUAAAGCAUUCUUGUACAACUGUUGUUCCAGUUUCUUCGCCCCUGUCACGUCCCCAGGUUCGGCUCAACUGUAUUGUCGCAGUUGUAUCGCAUGCAACUGUAUAGAAGACGCGUGCAUGUGUGUUUAUGUAUGCAUUGACAGCAUCUGUCCUGGAGUUUGCGUAGAGAAACGCAACAACGGAUUUUCCCCAGUGCUUUCCGAUUCUGUUUUGCAGUGUGGAAGCUCCCGGUGACUUGCCACUGUUAUGGCGUCGGUUGCUUUCGUUGUUCUCGUCCCGUAUCUGUUGCAAGACAAAGAACAGGUCAAUGAGUGCCCAGU